GGAUUUUCAUUGCAGGCGUGCAUGGGAUGUGGGUGCCAUUGUGUGUGAUUAGGACGGAGGGUGUCUGUGUCCCUGGUGUGUGUGAAAAGGGUCUUCUUGCAUUUAAUGUAGGUCAUUGGCCUCCGGCAAAUACCUAGUCUAGAGAAUAGGUGUUUGUUCCUGCAUGGGUGCUUUUAUAGUCCCCACUGAUGACCAGGGUUAUUAAUGGUGUCAUGCAGGCCAUGGCGCUAGCGGCCCCUUCUGGGCACCCUACUCGGCGCUCUCACGCACCAUUUAACUAUGCAGCAGGGUGGGUGGGAAGUCAGGAGCCCAGGUUGGGAAGAUAUAUGGCAAUUCUGGAAGGGAUAGGACGGGACUCCUGGGACCUUAGUACUUGUGAGUUGGGAGUCCGCGGUUCCCAGACUCUGGCUUCCCACUGACAUCUCCCAGCCGCAGUGGGUUACCCCCACCCCCGCCCCAGGAAUGUUCUCUCUAGCCCUCCUCCUCAAGGGCAAGCCCCUUGGGGAUGCUACGGCCCCGCCUCUCACUCGGGGAGCCCAGGAGGGGGCGAUGUAGGCAGGACGCCUGGGUUCCCUCCUCCCUCCUUCCAUCCCAGGGAGAAAUUCCUCCGAGGUCCCCUCAGGCACUGGGUUCCCAAAAUAACCCUGCGGGGGAAGGGAGGCUGUGAAGGGAGGGGAAACGGGAGGAGCGCAGAGUCAAGCUGUGGGGUGCUGCAGGACAGGGGUACGAAUCGAGCACUGUGGGAGGCUCUGAGAGUGUAACUUGGGUCUAGCCCACUGGCACCGGCAGCCAUGGCGAGCACUCUGGACCUGGACAAGGGUUGCACCGUGGAGGAGCUGCUCCGUGGCUGUAUCGAAGCCUUUGAUGACUCUGGAAAGGUGCGAGAUCCACAGCUAGUGCGCAUGUUUCUCAUGAUGCACCCCUGGUACAUACCUUCCUCUCAGCUGGCUUCGAAACUGCUCCACUUCUAUCAGCAAUCCCGGAAGGACAACUCCAAUUCCCUACAGGUGAAAACCUGUCACCUGGUCAGGUACUGGGUCUCAGCCUUCCCAGCAGAGUUCGACUUGAACCCAGAGCUGGCUGAACAGAUCAAGGAGCUGAAGGCUCUGUUAGACCAAGAAGGAAACCGCAGGCACAGCAGCCUCAUCGACAUCGAGAGUGUCCCCACCUACAAGUGGAAGCGGCAGGUGACCCAGCGGAACCCUGUGGAACAGAAAAAGCGCAAGAUGUCCCUGUUGUUUGAUCACUUGGAGCCUAUGGAACUGGCAGAACAUCUCACCUACUUGGAGUAUCGGUCCUUCUGCAAGAUCCUGUUCCAGGACUAUCACAGCUUUGUGACUCAUGGCUGCACUGUAGACAAUCCGGUCCUGGAGCGAUUCAUCUCCCUCUUCAACAGUGUCUCUCAGUGGGUCCAACUCAUGAUCCUCAGCAAGCCCACAGCCACGCAGCGGGCGCUGGUCAUCACACAUUUCGUGCAUGUGGCAGAGAAGCUGCUGCAGCUGCAGAACUUCAACACGUUGAUGGCCGUCGUGGGAGGCCUGAGCCACAGCUCCAUCUCACGCCUCAAGGAGACCCACAGCCAUGUCAGCCCUGACACCAUCAAGCUCUGGGAAGGUCUGACAGAACUAGUGACAGCUACUGGCAACUACAGCAACUACCGGCGAAGGCUGGCGGCCUGCGUGGGCUUCCGCUUUCCUAUCCUGGGUGUGCACCUCAAGGAUCUAGUGGCUCUGCAGCUGGCUCUGCCUGACUGGCUGGACCCAGGUCGGACCCGGCUCAAUGGAGCCAAGAUGAGGCAGCUUUUCAGCAUUCUGGAGGAGUUGGCUAUGGUGACCAGUCUUCGACCACCAGUGCAAGCCAACCCCGACCUGCUGAGUCUGCUCACGGUGUCCCUGGACCAGUAUCAGACGGAGGAUGAGCUGUAUCAGCUCUCUCUGCAGCGAGAGCCACGUUCCAAGUCAUCGCCCACCAGCCCCACCAGCUGCACCCCGCCUCCCCGGCCGCCUGUGCUGGAAGAGUGGACCUCAGUUGCCAAGCCUAAGCUGGACCAAGCCUUGGUGGCCGAGCACAUUGAGAAGAUGGUGGAGUCUGUGUUCCGGAACUUUGACGUUGAUGGGGACGGUCACAUCUCCCAGGAGGAGUUCCAGAUCAUCCGGGGCAACUUCCCUUAUCUCAGCGCCUUUGGGGACUUGGACCAGAACCAGGAUGGCUGCAUCAGCCGCGAGGAGAUGAUCUCCUACUUCCUGCGCUCCAGCUCGGUGCUGGGAGGCCGCAUGGGCUUCGUACACAACUUCCAGGAGAGUAACUCGCUAAGGCCGGUCGCCUGCCGACACUGCAAAGCUCUGAUCCUGGGCAUCUACAAGCAGGGCCUCAAAUGUAGAGCUUGUGGUGUGAACUGCCACAAGCAGUGCAAAGACCGACUGUCAGUGGAAUGUCGCCGCCGCGCCCAGAGUGUGAGCCUGGAGGGCUCUGCACCCUCUCCCUCACCCACACAUACCCACCAUCGGGCCUUCAGCUUCUCCCUGCCUCGCCCAGGCAGGCGCAGCUCUCGGCCUCCAGAGAUCCGUGAAGAGGAGGUGCAGACUGUGGAAGAUGGUGUGUUCGACAUCCACUUAUAAGACGCUGUGACUAUCAAGGACUCAUUCCUGCCUUGGAGAAAAGACUUGGAGCAGAGCAGGGAGCCAGGGAUUCUGGGGCAGGAGGUUGGGGCUGAGGGUGGGGGAGGUUGAGGGUGGCAUGCACUGAGAAGAGGGCCAGGGCUGGUGUCCCUAAGGUUGUACAGACUUCUGUGAAUAUUUGUAUUUUCCAGAUGGAAUAAAAAGGCCCGAAUAAUUAACCUCGA